GGAUAAGUAAAAGUCAGUAUCAUAAGCUUAAAAGAUAAGAAUACUUAAUGGGACAUACCUAGAACGAGUCCAAAUUAUGUAUAUGUCAAUGUACAAAAGAGUGAUACAUAUUGUGUGAUUAGAUUAAUUAAAGUAGUUUCUAGGAAAUUUCUGAAGCUGGAAGGUCUCAUAAGUCACAUUACAAAAUAUGGUCAAAACAACAUAUGUAUGAUGACUUGUGAAUAGAGUUGUGAGACAGUGAUGGUCAACUCCUCUGUGGAGCACAUACGUUUCCCGGAGACUUCGUUGUAAGUCCUUGUGAAUAAGUGGUGCUGCGAUGUGAAGCAAGUGAAUUCUUGUUAUAUAUGUUUUUAAAUCUAUAUCUGUAGUCUAUUGUUAUUGAUGUGUACACCAAAUUAAAGAAAAUGUUAUCCCUUUGUUCAUUUUUGUUACCCCUUCUACUGCUGCUGGGGAUCUCUUUAUAUAUUUUCAAUAAUAUUCAUUACUCCCGGUGGGAUAGCAAGGUGGCAAUUGAUGCAGACAAAAGAAUGUGUUCAUCUGGGUGGUGUGGGAGGCAUGACAUAAGGUACCCUUUCAGGCUGAAUAAUAGUAGUCCAAGCCACUGUGGUGAUCACAGGUACACCCUCUCUUGCGAGAAUGAUAACCAACUCUUUCUCUAUCUCAAAUCAAUCAAGCUCAAAGUGCAGUCAAUUAACUACAACAACUACACAAUCCGACUAGUAGAUGCCAAUGUUGCCCUGCAUACCCAUAAUCACUCUUCUCUCCUUCCUUAUUCUUUGACCUCCUCCAAUUUCAGCAGAAUGGGUUAUGAGCAAUAUCAAUAUCGGUUCUAUACACACCAUUUUAAUGAUGGUAUAAGCUUGAUAAAGCAGAUGUUAUAUGUGAGGUGCCCACCAUAUGGAGUAGAAUCUUCUGCUGCUGCAAGCUGCAUGAAUGGAUCUUAUGCGCUUGGGAGUACAAUCUAUGUCAGUGAUAUUGAUAAAACUCUCCAGGAUUUGGCAUUCGGAGACUCGUGUCAGAUAGAGUGGAUAUAUCUGACUUCAUGGCCUACCGAAAUCAAACACAAAAACAUUUCAUGCACAGACAUCCAUCAUAUGCUGCUUUCUGGCUUUGAACUGUCUUGGUUGCAAGCAUAUUGCAAUAAUGAGACAUUCUUUGCCAUGCUAGGUGAUCAUAACAACAUCGUUUGUUUUAACAAUCACAUAAGCUCUCUGCAUCAAAAUUGUAAGUGUGUUUCUACUAAUUUAACUAAUAUCUACUUAUUCGUAUAUUUGAUUUGUUAUAGUAUUCUUGUAUCUUCUUUUUAUAAAGUUUCUCAUACUUUUAAUUUAAUCAUUGGUUUAAAAUUUGUUUUCAUUUUUUUUUAUCUAAAUUUUGAAAGUAUUAAAAAAAAGGCAGCUUAAUGCACAAGUAUCCCGCGUUAACGCAGAAUUUGAAAAAGGACUGCACCCAAAUAGUAUAAUGUAUGCAGCCUAACUUAAUAACCACGACUUGAACCCGAUCAUAGGGAGUUGCUCCAAGGCUCCCAAAAUUUUAAAAGUAACUAAUUUUAGUUAAUAAGACACCUACCAAUUUCACAAUAACAGAUUAUGUGAAUACUCAUUCUAUAAUCUUAUAACGUAUCGUAACAAUUCCCUUUUUGUACAAGUUCUCUUCUGUGCUGUUGUUCAACAUUGCCUUGUCUAAUUUUCUUCUUCUACAUUUCUAAGAAAAUAAAAAACUUCAUAUUCCUUGUACUAAACAAUUCACGAGUAUGUUGAUAUAAUGAUGAAACGAAAGUGUAACUUUUGUAUUCGCAUGUAUUGUUUAUUUAUUGAAAAAGUAAACUAUAAAAUAUGAGAACAAUGUCUUCAUUUAAACUUAAUUUCUUAAACUAAAUUAUC